GUUUCCGGUGACUGACGCGCAUCGUGAAGAUUGGACUUUAAAGUCUCUCUCCUUUUUCCGGUUCUUUUGGAACGUACCUUAAUUUGUGCAAAAUGGCGAAACGCACGAAGAAGGUAGGAAUCACCGGAAAGUAUGGUACCCGAUAUGGUGCCUCCCUCAGGAAGAUGGUGAAGAAGAUGGAAAUCACCCAGCACAGCAAAUAUACCUGCACAUUCUGUGGCAAGGAUGCAAUGAAGCGUAGUGUCGUUGGAAUUUGGUCAUGCAAACGAUGCAAGAGGACAGUUGCAGGAGGUGCAUGGGUGUACUCAACAACAGCUGCUGCAUCUGUUAGAUCUGCUGUUAGGAGAUUGCGCGAAGUUAAAGAACAAUAAGUAAAUAUAAUAAAUAUCUUAUACUAAUA